AUGUCCAGCUCAGACAGACCCUCAGGGGAGACAGAUGUCCGGCAGCUCCUGAAACUCUACCGAACGGAGAUCUCUAUGGCGGUGGAUGACACUUUCCCACUGCUCCACGGCCUGGCGGAUCAUGACGUCAUCACAGAGGACAAGUUCAAGGAGACUCAGAGUCUAAGAGAAAAGGACGGCUGCCACAAGGCCCUCCAUGCCCUGCUCAGCUGGCUCCUGGGGAGGGACUCGGCGUCCAUACGCAGCUUCUGGACCGUGUUGUUUAAGGACUACAACCUGGAGAGAUAUGGGAGGUUACAAGCCAUUCACAGCAGCUUCCCCAAAGAUGUGGACCUCAGCCGAGGCCACAAGGGGGAGGAAACCCCCAGUCAGCCUGAAGGUCUCAAGCACCCCAGACUCCAGGGGAAGAGGAAGGGCCUUGAAGAAAAGGAGUCCCCUCAAUCAGCCUCCCAGUCCCUCAGAAGUGCUUCGAGUCCGGGGCCCCCCCACAAGGUGAAGCCCCUCAAGAAGCCGGAAAACCCAGAGCCCCCACGCUUUCCUCUGGGAAACGGAAUUCGGAGUGUGUCUGCAUCAGUCCAGAGGGCUGUGGCUGUGUCGUCCAGUGAGCUCCCAGGCACCUGUGGGGCAGUGGAGGGUGUCCUUAUCAAACAGGUGUUUGAGUCAGGAGGCUCCAAGAAAUGUAUCCAAGUUGGGGGAGAGUUUUAUACACCAGGCAAGUUUGAGGAGCCCAGCGGAAAGAAUAAAACAAGAAGUCCAAAGCCACCAACACGAACCAAAGCUACCCAAGCACCCCAAAACAUAAGGCCUGCGGAGGGCAGAGCAGAGCUGCAGCUGAGCCAACAGAACAGCGUGCCUGCUGCUCCAGCCCAGCCCCCAGAGCUGCACAUCCACCAGAAGAAUGAUGAUGAGUGUGCUGUGUGCAGAGACGGAGGGGAACUGAUCUGCUGUGACGGUUGUCCCCGGGCCUUCCACCUGGCCUGCCUAGAGCCACCACUGACAGAGAUUCCCAGUGGCAUGUGGCGGUGUGGGUGCUGCAUAGUUGGGAAGGUGCGCCAGGAUGGGCAUCCUGGGGAAGACAGAGCCCUCCACCCAGAGACUCUGCAGGCUCUCCUUGGGCUGAGGCCAGCUAGAACACAGGCAAGGGACCCCCUCCAGGAGCCCACCCCAGGCCUAGAGGCUCCUUUCACCUUCAAGCAGCCUCUUCCCCCUGCUUCUUCUCCAUCUCUGAUGUCAGCACAUCCUCUGGGCACCUGCCAGCCCUUGCAGAACUCAGGGCCCGAGAGGCAACAGCCGAAGCACUUGGCUGAGGAGAGGUGUGAGGUCUGCCAAGGAAGUGAAGACGUGCUUCGCUGUGUCCAGUGCUCCAGGGCCUUCCACUGGUGCUGUCAUUUCCCAGCCAACUCCAGCAGGACAGGGGGGGUCGUCAAGUGCAAACUCUGUUCACAAGACCCUGCCCUCACUCCUGGAGAGGAAACUCUGAGCUCUAGCAUCUCAUCCCUGGAAUCUGUGAAGGUGAGUGGAGAUUCUUCCCGGAAUGAGACCAUUCUGAACAAAGAUGAGCUGGACUCACUUCUGGGAGAGAAUUCCUUUGAUGGAAUCCUACAGUGGGCAUUCCAGAAUAUGUCACGCCCCCUCUCUGAGGCCCAGAGCUUUUUCUCUUAAUGCCCUAUAAAAAUGGAGCCCAGCCAGCCAAGGAAGAACAUAGACAGAUGGCGGUGAUGGACGUCUUGAGAGGUCCUGGGCUCUUUCCCACAAGCGUGUCCAGCAAUCUGCAGAUUUCUUGAGCACCCUCUGAAUGCAGGAACAAUGGCCAGUGUUUGGCUGUGUCGUGCCAUGGGACAAAAGUACUCAUUUACUUAUUCAAGAUUACUCAUUUCCGUGCUUUUCGGGAGGAGAUAUGGGGGGAGGGGGAGGGGAUGGAGUGAGUGGAAGAGACAAAGGUGGAUGGCUGAG